AAAGGCAAGGAGGGUUGUCAAGGCCUUGGACACUCCUCCCCGGCGAUUAUAAAUCUUGGGCAAGAGAGCUCGAAAGCAGAGGAGAGAGGGAGGAAUAAGCCUGGGCUCAAAUGGAGCUCAGAAGGGCCUGCUUGCCGUCGGCAUUGCUGCUGCUCAUCUUUGUCUCAAUUGUAGCGCAGACCGAUGGCAAGAAAUCUGCAAAAGGAAUUAAACUCGUCGGUGCAAUCGCUCCGAGCAAAAAUUUCCAAAACAAGCGUACCACUGCUUUCAAUGUGAUGAAUUUUGGUGCGGCUGCCGACGGGAAAUCCGACUCUUCUGCGGCUUUUCUUAAAGCAUGGGAAGCAGCAUGUCCCCUAGAAGGAAGAAAAAGGAUUUAUAUUCCAGGAGGCGAGUACUUGGUUAACCCAAUAAAGUUUGAGGGACCAUGCAAUGGCAUCAUGGAGGUGCAGCUCUCCGGAGUGGUGAAAGCGCAGCCCGAUAUAAAUGUUUUCAAUCGUGAAGGUCACAAGGAGUGGAUCACCUUUGAUCACGUCGAUAGGUUGUUGAUAACGGGUUCUGGAACAUUUGAUGGCCAAGGAUCCUACGCGUGGCAGCACAACACAUGCUCCAAAAAGAAAGACUGCAGCCUCCUUCCUGGUAAUCUGAGACUAAACUUCGUCACCAAAACCACCGUCCGCGGCAUAUCCCUAGUCAACAGCAAGUCCUUCCAGAUGACCAUCUUCGGAUCCAACAACGUUAGGAUCCAACACAUCAAGAUCGUCGCACCAAGAGACGCCCCCAACACCGACGGAAUCCACAUCGGUAACUCGACAAAUGUCAGGAUCACAGAUUCCGAGAUCGGCACCGGCGAUGACUGCGUCUCCGUCGGCCCGGGAAGCAGGCGAAUCCUUGUCUCCGGGGUGUUCUGCGGCCCUGGCCAUGGCAUCAGCAUCGGGAGCCUCGGCCGAUACCUAAAUGAGCCAGAUGUAAGUGGGGUGACCGUGAAGAACUGCACCCUCACGGGAACCACGAACGGUCUCAGGGUCAAGACAUGGCAGAAGUCCAACAGGAGCCGUGCUUCAGAUUUCCAUUUCGAAGACAUAGUGAUGAGGGGCGUCCAAAACCCCAUCAUCGUCGACCAAGAGUACUGCCCGGUUGGCAACUGUGUCAAAGGGGCUCCGUCGUUGGUUGAGAUCAGCAACGUCACAUUCCGAAACAUCAGAGGCACCUCGGCUUCAAGGAUGGCAGUGCAUCUCUUCUGCAGCAAAGCUGUGAGCUGUAAAAACCUUGUACUCCAAGAUAUAGACCUGAAGUUCAUGGAUCCCAAUUCCCCUUCAUUAGCUCAAUGUUACUAUGUCCAAGGUACGGCCCUAGGUUAUAUGAAUCCUCCCGCUUGCUUGUCACUAUUAUGAGGACUCUCUCUUGUCUUCUCCAAGAUGUUUGGCCGGAUUUCCUGUCUCCAUGUAAUGGCUAGAGGUCUCGUGGGUGCUCACCCUUGCACUGACCACUUGUACUAUGGACUUCGCUUGAAAGGAAUUUUUCUCCCUCUUCAAAA